GUCUGCUCAGGUAAACCUGACAGAUUGGGCGAGUGCGCAGGUGGUUGGAGAGUACCUGAAGACACAUCUGUUUGGAGUAAACAAGUACUCUUUUUAUACCACCGGAACUUCCUUGAGAUGACUUCAUUCUUCAAAUGACUGUGUUUUUACUAGAAAUGAUGAGCCAAAUUCUAGUUUGCCAAAGAAACUGAGCAAAUCCAGCCGCUGUUUUUAACUAUCGCUGAACGCUUCCUGACUCAUCUUAUCAGCGCCGAGCCUGAAAUAGCUGACACUCCUUUGGAUAGGUUUCAUUUUGUUUGACGCUGAACUCUGUCCGUCUUUACGUAGCAUCAUGUAGAACACAGAAAUCCGGUAAUGAGUUGUUAAAGUGUACACACAGUAUUUUCAGGACGCGGGGUCGUCGUUGAUGAUAUUCUGCCUUGCGGACUCCCAGUUAAUGUCCUACGAUUGUCCGUGUGCAGCUGCGCUCAUGGCAGUGUUGCUUCGUUUGUUUAUUCUCUUUGAAUUGUUCACCUGUGGACAUCUAGCCUAUGUGAGGAGGUUACUUUCAGAAAAUGAAGAAUCACAAGACCAAGUGUUUGUAGAUGAGGGAAACGCAAAUUCUUUCCUGGGUCGCCACCUGCUGUUCAACCGGUUUGACUUUGAAAUGUUCGUGCCUGGAAAUUUGGAAAGGGAGUGUGUGGAAGAAGUCUGCAAUUACGAGGAAGCAAGGGAGGUGUUUGAAAACAUCCCAGCUACAGAUGAUUUUUGGAAGAAAUACACUGCAGGAAAUGAUGGCCGCCCUUCACGGGUUGAUGUGAUAGCUCUUUUGGUGGGACUCAUUGGUGGUGGAGUGGCCAUUGUUAUCUUUGGCAUUCUGGUGUGGGUUUUUUGUCAUCGCAAGGGUAACUUGAGCCGUGCAAGCUCCAUUAGGGCGCGCCCGAGGAGAAGUAAUGCAUCUCUAAUAAUACGGCGGUUAGAGGAGGUCUCCCUACACCCCAUCCCUCCCCCUGAUAACCCACCUGGGCUUCCUUCCUAUGACCAGGCAAUCGCAAAUAGUGGACAGUAUGAUGCCCCACCUCCUCCUUAUCCUGGCUCACGAACUGGAAGUGUUCGGCAGUAGUCUUUCAGUACAACAUGAGUGCAUAUAUGUGAGCAACCAACAUCUAUAAUGUACAGUUAUGUAGUAUCAGUUUGUCAAGUAUCACAAAAUGCUGGCCUCCUUUCUGUUUCCCUGAUUAAACCUACUAUUUCCU